AUGAACGACAAAGAAGGGAGCCCAAAGGACGAUAGGAUUGGGUCGUCAGGUCUUCAUAGGCAUAGCAGUCACCGUAACGACAAACAACGGUCUCGUAAAAGUGAGGGUAGGCAGCGAAGUCGAAAGCGCGAGCGCGGGGAGGAACCAGAUUUGGCGAAAGGCAGGAGUCAUCAACUCCAAAAGAAGUCCACAUCUCGAAAACAUCGCCACGCUAAGCAAAAAAAACGACACAAAAGAACGGAGAGUAUUAGCUCUAGUGCUUCAUCGGCCUCUCCGAGCAGUAUUAACCGUGGGCAUGAACGAAGCGACUCCGAGAAAAAGGUUCUUAAUGAGCGUUUAAUGGCGAAACUUGCAGCACGGGGGGAAACCCUGGAGGAAAGAAACCAGCGUCGGUCUCAGAAACGUGCUGCUCAUAUUAGCGCUACUUUAGGUUAUACCGCUGACGAUAAUCCCUUCAACGAUCCUAACAUUCAUGAAACUUUCACUUGGAAGAAACGAGAGGAAACGACUCCUGCGGAAUACAGCGAUAAACCAAAAAAGGACAAAACUCUGGAAGAAAUCGAAAAGGUCCGCCGUCGACGAAAGGAUCGAGAGAACCAAUUUGACGAAAUGCAGAGGAUUCGCGCCGAAGAAAGUCGAAUGAAGGAGCUGGAAAACUACGAUGAUUGGGCUAGGAAGGAAGAAGAGUUUCAUUUGCAUCAACAAAAGCAACGAUCGGCAAUUCGCUUGGUAGAGGGAAGGGAGAAACCUAUUGAUGUACUUGCUAAGAACCUUUUGCUGUUUGGCCUUUCAGAAGAGGAUAAAAAAAAGCGCUCGUCAUUAAAAUACCAAGAGCGUUACAACGCUUUGGAAGCUCUACAGACUCUUGAAGCCGAGUUGGAAGACCCUCAUAUAAUGCUUAAAAUGCUCAAGCUCAAUGAGCUUGAGGAAUUGUUGGUGGAAAUUGAUAUGUUUAGGUCUUUGGAAAGAGAUGCUUUGUCGACUGUUGGUGUGAAAAGCACUCAGCCUAACCAGGUCCUCCAGUACUGGGAUGCUCUUCACAAAGUGGCACAAGACGAGAUCAAAUACCUGAAGAGCGGUGGUGAUCAAGGAUCGCAUGCAAAAAUUGUAGUAGAAGUUCAGAAAGUGUUUAAAGGUCAGUCAUUUGCAGAUUUAGCCAAAAUGAAAGACGAAGUUGCUUCCCGGAUUCGAGUCAAUCGAGAGAAUUCAGGCUCGCGCGGGACCGCUUUUGAUGUUCUGUACUGGCAGUCGGUUAUGGAGCAGCUUGAUGUAUAUUUAGCAAAGUGUGAGCUCUCUGACUUACAUUCCAAAAUGUUGGUUCGUCAACUUGACAAGCUGGAGAGAGAAAAAGAGGAGCUUGCGAGAGAUCCGGAAAAAUUGGAUAUCAAUGCUACGAAAGAUGCCUUUCCCGUUGCCUGCACGAUUGACGCGCCAAAGCAGUUGGACCCAGGGUCUGGUGAGUUGGAAGAAGAACUUGGACUUACUAGUGAGGUGGCCGUGAGCCGCGGCAACUAUGCAUGGGAGGACAAAUAUCGUCCACGAAAGCCUCGUUAUUUCAACCGAGUAAAAACUGGAUAUGACUGGAACAAAUACAACCAAACGCAUUAUGAUCAGGACAACCCACCGCCAAAGACUGUGCAAGGCUACAAAUUUAAUAUUUUUUACCCGGAUCUAAUUGAUCCUACUAAGACUCCACAAUUUAUUUUGGAGGGCGCCGAUACAGACGAGUUCUGCAUCCUCCGCUUCUGUGCCGGACCACCGUACGAAGACAUUGCAUUCAAGAUAAUAAAUCGAGAAUGGAAUCGGUCAAGGAAACGGGGCUAUAAAUGUUCUUUCGAGCGUGGAGUCCUUUCAUUGUACUUCAAUUUCGCGACACAUUGGUAUAGACGAUAAAGCGUGUUUUCCU